AUGAAGCCGACGGACAAGAAUUUCCGCUGUGAUGUCUGUCAGCGUACGUUCACGCGCAUUGAUCACCUCAAACGCCACCAUUUGCGACAUUCGGGCCAGAAACCAUAUGCCUGUGUAUUCUGCAAUACCUCGUUCGCGCGCUGUGACAAUCUGCGCGUCCAUUAUACCGACUGCGCCAGGCGCGAAGGUCGCGAAAUUCCGGAGACGGGUCAGAGGGGUAGGCGGCGACAUGCCUGUCAAUCGUGUACCUCGAUGAAACUACGGUGCGAUGGAGCAAGCCCUUGCGGAUCAUGUCAGAAGAGAAACUUGAUGUGCAACAACGAGCGGACGGCAGGUGCGAUCCACCUCGUGGUCGAAGAAGGUACGACAAGCUUCAAGUCAACUUGUUUGCAAUGGAAGGCUCAUACAAGUCAUAUAGAGGUAUCGAGGAAAUCCGAAACCUGUGAAGAGCCAUCAUCCGACCGAGGAUCGAUCAAGUUCCUACUUAAUGGUGGCACCGAUAGCUUCACGGAAAACUUUCGACUUCCCCCACACAGCGAUCGUGCGCGCAGUCUCAACUAUCAUAAUACAAAUGACUUCGAGGAACCGCAAGGCACAGGGUUUCCAUACGGUAUCGAUACCUCUCAGUCGGAAUACGGCUCUGGCUUCAUUGACUCCAACUCUACUGCGCCGCAAUUCUUCCAAGAUACAUUCCUGGACUUUUUCCACGGACCUUUUGGUGAUGCACAUAAGCCCGCGGAGAAUCCUUAUCAUCCUGAUGAAUUGAGCUACCAGUCCGUCAUCCCUCCAGGGCAGCAUCUUACUACAUUGCCCGGAGAUCCACCGAUAUUUGAACCGGAGCGACCGUUCGCGACGACAUUAAUUCAUUUAAUAUUAACACAAGCGUGGCAGGUCCCGCUUGGCUCUGAAGCGCAGGAGGAGAUAUCUGCGAAUCUCAACUUUCUAUUGACCACUGCGCGCAUACGAAAAUACGUUGCGCUCUAUUUCAAAUACUGGCAACCUAGCUGUGCCAUGCUUCCUGUAUGCUUUGAUCCGGAGACAGUUCCCCCGCCGCUCUUAGCUGCGGUGGUCUUUAUGGGCGCAAUGUACAGUAGCGACAAGAGGGAAGUAUACAUCGCGAAAAGAGUGCUAGAUUUUGCAGAGCUGUUUAUCUUUGCGAGUGAUGUUUUCUCGGCGGAGAGUGAAAUCAGCGCCAUGUUCUCAGGUAGUCGGUGUUUCGACAAGAAAGACAGUGAUUGGCAUUGGUUCAAUAAAUUUCAGGCCGGGCUUAUCAUCACCAUUGUCCAAUACUGGUCAGGAAACCGUUUGUCUCGAAACCGCGCGAUGGAAAAUCGAUUCGCUGAGGUUGUGAGGGUUGCUCGACAGAUUGAGCUUGUCAAAGUCCGCCACCUUCCGGAUGACCAGGUCCUAGAGCACUUGUGGUUACAAAAGGAGAGUCGGAUCAGAACUAUUUGUAUAAUUUCGCUGCUGGAUGGCGCAUUCUUCUUCUUUCAAAACUUUCCGUGUCGCCUAACGCACACUGAAAUGGAAUGCGAUCUGCCCUCCGAUGAAUCGCUUUUCUUCUCCGAGCAUCCCUUCGCGGAGCCAAACUUUCGCUUUUCACGUGGCCUUAGGAUUUCAGAGGCCUUCAAAAAUUUGUUCGACGAAACGCCCGAGUCGAAUCCGAUGGACCUCAGUGCUUUAGACAUGUUUAUCUUGAUUCAUAUUUUAUUCUCAUUUAUCAACACCUAUAUGAAACUUCUCGGUUGUUCUAUACGCAUGGAUUAUAUCAAGAAUGCUAGGGAAAGUGCCGGGGUUAACACACAAGACACCACGAUUCCUGAAGAUUCUGUCCUCAUUGCCAUCCGGACUGCCCUGUCCCGCUGGCGUGACUACUGGGUCUCACUGCGCAAUAGAGUAACAAGUGACGAAUGGGCGUCCAUGGGGUUCUAUAAGAAUGGGUAUAACUUUUGGCUGGUAUCGCAACUGCUUAUCACCAGAAAGGACGCCGUUGAUGUGGUGAUGCAGAUGGAAGUGCACUGCGAGGAUAAAUUGGAGAAGCUCAAGGUGUUGCUUCUUGACGACCAGGAAGAUGCAUAG